AUAAAAUAUGACGUAGUGGCACACCUCCAGUUUGGAAGGACACCAGCCGACCAAGGAGGCACCCCAGCUCCAAGGGCAGGCCGAGCAGACCGCCUCCUCCGGCCGCAGCGGCAGGAUCAAACUCUCGGCCCGGCAGCGGCAGGAUCAAACUCUCGGCGGCCCGGCAGCUCGAGAGACCCGCGUGCCGACCGUGUCCGCAGAGGCUUACCGGAAAAACUACCGCCUAUCGAGCAGAUCAGCUUGGAUGAUGUCCCUCUGAGAAAUACAUCGAGGGACAGCUGAUUUUGACUCAAAAAUACUUUAAACAUGUCGUGCACUCAGAUAGACAAUGGCUGUUCAAACUCGGCAGAAGCUACGAAAACAGACCUGAGAACCAAGGAGAAGAAAUGCUCAUGGGCCUCCUAUAUGACAAAUUCUCCAACGGUGAUCGUAAUGAUCGGCCUGCCUGCAAGAGGGAAGACCUACAUGUCAAAGAAACUCACACGUUACCUCAACUGGAUCGGGGUCCCAACCAAAGUGUUUAACUUGGGCGUGUACCGCAGAGAGGCUGUCAGAGCCUACAAGUCCUAUGAUUUCUUCCGCCAUGACAAUGAGGAUGCCAUGAGAAUAAGGAAGCAGUGUGCUCUGGUAGCUCUGAAGGAUGUGAAGAAGUACCUGUCGGUGGAGGGAGGGCAGAUCGCAGUGUUCGAUGCAACAAACACAACAAGAGAAAGACGAGACCUCAUUAUAUCUUUUGUGAAAGAGAAUGCUUAUAAGGUGUUCUUUGUGGAGUCGGUGUGUGACGACCCAGAGGUCAUUGCUGCUAAUAUUCUGGAAGUGAAAGUGUCCAGUCCAGACUACCCAGAGAGACACAGAGAGAGGGUGAUGGAUGAUUUCCUCAAAAGAAUCGAGUGCUACAAGGUUACUUACCAACCAAUAGAUCCUGAUGAUUAUGACAAGGACCUAUCUUUCAUCAAGGUGAUAAACGUGGGCCGGCGUUUCCUGGUGAACCGAGUGCAGGACUACAUCCAGAGUAAGAUAGUGUACUACCUCAUGAACAUCCAAGUGCACUCUCACUCCAUCUACCUGUGUCGGCACGGAGAGAGCGACCACAACGUCGAAGGCCGAAUCGGAGGAGACUCGGAGCUUUCUCCUCGAGGGAAACAGUUUUCCCACGCCCUACGAGAUUUCAUUGAAGAGCAUGAGCUGUCAGAUUUGAAGGUGUGGACGAGUCAGCUGAGAAGAACCAUCCAGACAGCUGAGGAGCUGUGUGUCCCUUACGAACAGUGGAAGAUACUCAACGAGAUCGAUGCUGGUGUGUGUGAGGAGAUGACCUAUGAGAUGAUCGAGAACACAUUCCCAGAGGAGUUUGCACUGAGGGACCAGGACAAGUACCACUAUCGCUACCCAGGAGGAGAGUCCUACCAAGACCUGGUUCAGCGCUUGGAGCCGGUCAUCAUGGAGCUGGAGAGGCAGGGCAACGUAUUGGUCAUUUGCCAUCAGGCCGUGAUGCGCUGCCUGCUGGCUUACUUCCUGGACGAGAGUGCAGAAGAUCUACCAUAUAUGAAAUGUCCACUCCACACGAUACUCAAGCUAACCCCUGUUGCAUAUGGUUGCAAGGUGGAACUGUUUUAUCUCAAUGUGGAGGCAGUGAACACGCAUCGAGACCGGACUCUUGAUAAAUCUGCGAUGGACUCUGCUCUCACACUCCGGCGGAAUAGUUACACUCCCUUGUCCAGUCACGACCAGUUCAAGCGUCCUAGGCUCUACAGCGCGGGCAACCAGCCCUGGCUCCCGCUCGCCCCCACCCCCGCAGCACUGAUGCCAGAGGGACGGCAAAGCCAACCUCGAAUAGGAUGCGGUUGUCUGAGUCCCUGUGCGAAGGAAGCGAUGCUGACAGCGACGCUGACAGCCCCGAAGAAACGAGUGGCUGUGUCCGCUUCUGAGUGAAGAUGAAGGUCUCUUCCUUCAAUGUGUCAAAGUUCUGGGUUCAAUCAUGUUAGAAAGAUGAUAUUAUUUGUUUUAAACCAUAUUCUUUGAAAUGUUGGUCUGAUUAUGAGGUCAUUUGUUGGUCCUAAAUCUCUCUGUUUAACUUCACUCUGCAUGCUGAGGCUUCAAACUGGAAGACUUUUCAUGGGUAUCAAACACUACUGCAUGCGCACAACAAUCAAGCAACCAAGAAUAAACAGGUUAACUUAUCCUCUAUGUAAAUAUUAUAAUACCUCCCUCAACUUUAACUUGUGCGUUGAAAACCAUUUUUAGGUCAUUGCAAAUAGAACUUGUUAUACAGAAGAUGUUGUAGGAAUUAUUUUAUAAGAUACAAAUAUUCUCAUUUAGCAAACAUACUGUAAUUGUAAGUCUUAUAUUCAUAUUUCUAACAUCACAUGUUAUGUGAUUGUUAUUUGGUUUUUAUUUGUGCUUUUGUCAUUUUGAAGGAAAUUAAAAUACUGUAUUGAGUUGGUUUCUUCUGUUUUGGAAGCCUUGUAUAUCUUGUUGGUCUUGUUAGAAAUACCCCAUUGGGAAAACUGUGUUCUAGCAGCAGUUAAAGAAGCUUAGUUUUCUGUCAUAGGCUACUUGUAAUGAGAUGGUUUGCGCCAUCACAAUUUAAACCCUAAAUGUUCAUCUGUUUAUUGUUUUUCUUGACUUUAUAUCCAAGCAUGUUGAUGGCUUAUUAGCUAUAUCUUGACAUCAUUUUAUCAUACUUGCCAUACAUUUCUUUGAAUUGCUUGUGUAAUGUAACUUUACUCUUUACUUAAUUCUCUUGACAUAUUCAAAACACAAAAUCCUCUCAUCAUACUUAAUCCUAGACAGUAGCACAAGUUAUAUUCUACGACUUUGUAAUGUUUGAAUAUUGAUAUGUAUUCGCUCAUAGCAGCCUACUGUGCCUUUCAUGCAGAAAAUAAAAGUGAAUUCUCAUAUGA